ACUUCCCUACUGUCCAAGAUGGAAUUAGGUGGGCAAUCCUAAUUAUUGUGCACUUGAUCCAGAAUAGUCAAACAAAGGGAGGGGGCGAGGGAGGAAGGAAGCAACCUCGCCGUGCCGAACUGCGUAGUGUGCUUGUAUUACCAAUCCACGCCGACCCCAACGAACCACAAAAUACAGAACUAAUUUCCGACGAGAGUAAUCAUCGCCUACAUGUUAUACUCGAGGCUCCAUGUGCCGAUUUAAGCCUUAGAACAAAAUUUUGUGUAUGCUAGGUGCUAGCUGGUCGGUACCUCUACGCUAAGCUUCUCUCGGGGUUUUUGCGUGAUGUCGUCGACGGCGUACACGCGGCCGUCCAAGCCACCAGGGCCGGCCGGAGAGCGGAGGCCGCCGCGGCUAGCCAAGGAGCUCGGUAGGAUUGAACCCAAGAAGCUCGGGAUUGGGCUAGUCGCCGGCUGUUGCCUCGCUCUGCUCACCUACAUCUCCUUUGCUCGGCUUUUCGCUAUCUACUCGCCGGUCUUCGAGAGCACGUCCUUGGUGAUGAAGAACGCACCACCCGGGUCAACUCAGCAGAAUCCUGUGAUGCCUAAGCAACAGAACAAAUUAGAGGAUGAGAAAGAUAUUGGUGAAGAUGAGACGGGCCGGAAAGAGCCAAGCUUUCCGGAGGCGACAGAAAAGAAGGAAACAGUAACGAAAUCAUCUGGUGACGAAACUGAGGCGACCAUCUCCUGCGAUGAGAACGGCGUCGAUGAGGGCUUCCCAUAUGCCCGGCCACCGGUCUGCGAGCUCACCGGUGAUAUCCGCAUCAGUCCAAAAGAGAAAACCAUGUUCUUUGUAAACCCAUCCGGCGCCGGCCCGUUCGACGCCAACGGGGAGAAGAAGAUCCGGCCGUACGCUCGCAAGGACGACUUCCUCCUCCCCGGUGUCGUGGAAGUCACCAUGAAGUCGGUCUCGUCGCCGGCUGUCGCACCGGCCUGCACGCGGGUCCACAACGUCCCCGCCGUAGUCUUCUCGGUGGCCGGGUACACCGACAAUUUCUUCCACGACAACACGGACGUGAUGAUCCCUCUAUUCCUCACGACGUCGCACCUCGCUGGCGAGGUGCAGUUCCUCAUCACCAACUUCAAGCCGUGGUGGGUGCACAAGUUCACUCCGCUCCUCAAGAAGCUCUCCAACUACGAGGUGAUCAACUUCGACGAGGACAACGAAGUGCAUUGCUUUCGGCGCGGGCACCUCGGGCUGUACCGUGACCGCGACCUCAUCAUAUCACCGCACCCGACGCGCAACCCGCGCAACUACUCCAUGGUUGACUACAACAGGUUCCUCCGCCGCGCGUUCGGCUUGCCGCGGGACAGCCCGGCGGUGCUCGGUGAGAAGACCGGCGUCAAACCCAAGAUGCUCUUGAUCGAGAGGAAGGGCACCCGCAAGCUGCUCAACCUGCGCGACGUGGUCGCCCUCUGCGAAGAGCUCGGGUUCGCGGUGACCGUGGCUGAGGCCGGCAUGGACGUGCGUGGGUUCGCCGAGAAGGUCAAUGCUGCGGAUGUGCUCCUGGCGGUGCACGGCGCUGGGCUAACGAACCAGAUCUUCCUCCCCACUGGAGCCGUGCUCGUGCAGAUCGUUCCGUGGGGCAAGAUGGACUGGAUGGCAACCAACUUCUAUGGGCAGCCGGCGCGCGACAUGCGGCUCCGGUACGUCGAGUACUACGUCUCGGAGGAGGAGACAACGCUCAAGGACAAGUACCCAAGAGAUCACUACGUGUUCAAGAACCCCAUGGCCAUCCACGCGCAGGGCUGGCCGGCGCUCGCCGAGAUCGUCAUGAAGCAGGACGUCAUGGUGAACGUCACAAGAUUCAAGCCGUUCCUGCUGAAGGCGCUCGACGAGUUGCAGGAAUAGGGGGACAACGUUGGGUUGGUUUGUGUGGCUCGCUUGGGACAAGUUUGCAUAGGCAACCAGUGGGAAUUUGGAGAUUUUUGGUUUUAUUUAUCAGUUGAUUUUAUCAAAGUUAUUUAUUGCA